UCGAGUAAACAUCGGUUUUCGCUCCAGCUCUAGCAGGGUAUUAGGCAGAAAAACAAUAAUAAAUUAAUAAUUGCCGUUCUCGUAAAUUAAAAAGUACCAGUAUGAUUCCGAAAAAGACGACGGUAAAGGAUUCACAUAUUGUGAAAAUAGCCGUGGAGCGGGAAAACCAUAUGGCGCAGUUGAUAAAUCUGGACCAAAGGCAUCCCCUAGCAAGCAAAAUCCAGGACAUAUGCAAUGGUUGGGGCAUCAGUGAUCACCAAAACUACGCUCUUCAGUUCUGCGAGUCAAACAACCAAAAGUACGUAACUGAAAAGAACAGGAAUGAGAUCAAAAAUGGCUCCGUACUGCGAUUGCAGUACUCGCCAUCCAAGACGGCCAGCGACGCCAUGGAGACCCUGCUUAAUGGCAAUGCCCAGGAGAAGGCCAUGCGCCUAAAAGAUCUCACCAAGCUGAGCACCGAUCAUACCUUCGCCCUGGAGUUUAUCAAGGAGAAGGGCCUCGACACGCUCAUCAAGAUGAUCGAAGAUAACGGCCAGACCAACGAGGACAUUCUCAAAUACAGCCUGGCCAGCUUCGUGGAGCUGAUGGAGCACGGCACGGUGUCCUGGGAAGUGCCGGAGAACUCCUUUGUGGCUCGCAACAUUGAGAUUGUGAGAAACUUUCAGAAAUAUCCAACCAACUGCGGCGAGAGCGCGCUCUCCAACCUGGAGAACAUUGUCAUGUGCAGCAGCAAACACGUUCUGGUCGCCGAAGACAUCAAACUGCAGGACAUUCUACGACUGUUGCAGGAGGUCAACUCGCCGGUGAUGCGACAGAACGCCAUCGCCCUGCUAAACGCUCUGUUUGUAAAGGCAGACGAAACCCGCCGAAGGACCAUCGCCCACACAAUUAGCGCCAAACAGUUCCGACUGGCCCUCAUUGGCAACGGACUGGGCACUGAGAUGACUCACCAGCUGUACGUGCUGCAAACACUUACUCUUGGUCUGCUGGAAAAACGGAUGCGCAUGAAAAUGAACGCCCAGGAUCAGGAUGCGCACGAAAAGAUUAAAGAGCUGCGGCGCAUUGCCUUCGACGAUCACACCAACGCUUUGAACCAGAACGACGAUCACAUUCGGCGCGGUGGUGGCUCUGGAGCUGGCAACGUGAACUUCUCGCAGUACUACAAAAAGCUGGGCUUUAAGUGCGACAUUAAUCCCGCCCAAGAUUUCAUUGAAACGCCUCCUGGCAUUCUAGCUUUGGACUGCAUGGUGUACUUUGCACGCAACUACACCCAACAGUAUGCUAAAAUUGUGCGGGAGAACUCCUGCCGUGCGGAUGAGCACGAGUGUCCGUUCGGACGCACCUCCAUCGAACUGGUCAAGGUGCUGUGUGAUAUUCUCCGCAUUGGAGAGCCGCCAGCAGAGCAGUCCGGCGACUUUCAACCAAUGUUCUUCACUCACGACUUUCCGUUCGAGGAGUUCUUCUGCAUCUGUGUCAUAACGUUAAAUCGCACAUGGAAGGACAUGCGUGCUACUGCCGAGGACUUUACUACAACCUUCAGCGUGGUGCGAGAGCAGAUCCAAAGAACUCUCAAGUGCAGGCCCGAGAACCUGGAGGAUUUCCGUAACAAGAUUGCUCUGUUGACCUAUCAGCAGAUCACAACGCUGCGCCAGCAGGAGCGCACUUCGAAGGAGGAGUGUGACUCCACUGCCUCGGCGAUUGUGAAGCUAAAGGAGAAGAUAUCGCCGCACAUCCUGGAGCUUAUCAAGCAGCAGCGGCUUUCGUUUUUGGUGGAAGGCACCCGUUUCGCUAAAUAUUUGCGAGGAACUCGAACCAAGGACAAAUUCUGGUACGCCCGCCUUUCGCCCAACCACAAGGUGAUUCAUUAUGGCGAUUGCGACGAGAAGAACAUACCCACCAUGGAGGAACUGCCCAAAAAGCUGCCCAUCAGUGAGAUUAAGCAGUUGCUGGAGGGCAAGGAAUGUCCGCAUAUGAAGGAAACUCGAAUUAGGAAAUCCGCCGUAAAUCUGGCGUUUUCGAUAACGUUUGAGAAUAUGGAGCACUCCACGUUGGACUUUGUGGCGCCCGACGAGAGUAUCUUUAACUACUGGACGGACGGAAUAAACGCACUGCUGGGACAGCCGAUGGUCAGCAAGCAAAAAAACGAGGACUUCGACACCUUGUUGUCAAUGGAGAUCAAGCUCCGCUUGUUGGACACCGAGGGAGUGGACAUCAGCAAGGACCCACCGCCCAUACCCGAGGACCCUGAGAACUACGACUUUUGCUUCGAGAGCUAAGCAUAACGCACACUCACCAUUGAAAGUAUCAAUUCAUUCUAGACUCCCAUCACCCAAGAUACAUGCCAAAGUGUACCCACUACAUAUAUUCUCCGAUCUGAUCUUCUGCUAGUAUUACUUGUGCAAUUCCCCAAACACAAAAUGAACAAACGGUGCGGGCGCUCGCGAUUGGCUUCCCCUGCCCAGCCAUUUAGUGAACUUUUACACCAUUUAUUAUUAUAGUAGGUAUAUAAUAUAGAGAUCAUUAAAUAACACAUUUUAUACAUAACAAUUUUGUACAAAAACUAA